AUGAGCAGUUGCAAGCUGAGGGAGAUUCUGGAGGUCCACGCCAACGGGCUGCGCCACAUCCGCCCCGACCGCCGCAUCAACGAGUGGCGCGUCCCCGGCCGCCGCAGCAUCAGCCGGGCGGCGACGAACGCGCGGCAGGUCGCCAUCUCCCUGUCAGGGGGCGAGAUCACGUACUUCGAGCUGGACCCCAUGGGGCAGCUGCUGGAAAUGGCCAAACGGGACAUAGAGGGUGACGUCACCUGCCUGGACCUCGCGCCUGUCCCGCCGGGCCUACAGCGCUGCAGGUUCCUGUGCGUGGGCGGCUACGACAACACAGUCCGGGUGUUCUCGCUGGAGGACGGCACGCAGCUGCGGUCGGUCUCCACGCAGGCCGUGCAGGGCACGCCCGAGAGCGUCCUGAUGCUGUACGGCGGGACGGCCGGCGACGAGGGCGGCGACAGCGGCGGUGGCGGCGACACGGGGAUGUUCUUGCACGUGGGGCUGUCCAACGGCGUGCUCAUGCGCACGGAGGUCGACCGCACCACGGGCAAGCUCAGUGACACGCGGCAGCGGUUCCUGGGCACGCGCGCGCCGCGGCUGUUCCCCGUGAACGUGCGCGGGCAGCGCAGCAUGCUGGCGCUCAGCAGCCGGCCCUGGCUGGGGUACAGCGACAUGGGGCGGUUCCAAAUCAUGCCCCUCAGCUACGAGGCCCUCGACUUUGCAGCGGCGUUCUCCUCUGAGCAGUGCCCCGAGGGCUUUGUGGCGGUGUCCAAGGGCGCGCUGCGCAUCCUGGCGGUUGAGAACAUCGGGGAGACCUUCAACCAGGUCGCGACGCGCCUGCGCUAUACGCCGCGGCGGCUGCUGGUGUACCCUGAGAGCCCGCAGUUCCUUAUUGUGGCGGAGAGCGACCACGCGGCGGUCCCCCUGGAUCAGCGAGAGGACCUGGCUGAGCGCCUGCAGGCGGCUGCGGAGGCCGCGGCCGCGGACGGCGACGGCGCCGAGUCGGCAGCGGCGGCGGCGGCGGCCGCGCGGGGCCCCGAAUUCGAUGAGGAGGUGGCGGCGCAGGAGGAGCAGUUCGGGCCGCCCAUGGGGCAGGAGGGCCAGUGGGCGUCGUGCCUGCGCAUAGUGGACCCCAGCAGCCUCAGCACGCAGUGUGUCGUGGAGCUGGACAACAACGAGGCCGUCACCAGCAUGUGUCUCGUGCGCUUCGAGGGCGGCCACGAGAAGGGCUGGCUGCUGGCGGUGGGCACGGCCGAGGGCAUGACCUUCUUCCCCACGGACUGCCAGGCCGGGUACAUCCGCAUCUACAGCAUCCUGGACGAGGGGUCCCGCCUCGAGCUGCUGCACAAGACGCAGCUGGAGGGCAUCCCCGGCGCCCUGGUGCCCUUCAAGGGCCGCCUGCUCGCCGGCGUCGGCCCCGUGCUGCGGCUGUUCGACCUCGGGCGCAGGAAGCUGCUGCGCAAGUGCGAGUACCGGCAGCUGCCGCACCACGUGGUGCAGCUGCAGGCCAUGGGGUCGCGCGUCUACGCGUCGGACGAGUCUGUCCACUUCCUGCGCUACAACAAGCGCGACAACACCUUCUACGUCUUCGCCGACGACGCCACCCCGCGCUACGUCACGGCCACGCUGCCGCUGGACUACGACACGGUCGCGGUCGCGGACAAGUUUGGGAACCUCUCGGUGCUGCGGCUGCCCGCAGACGUCUCGGCGCAGGUGGAGGAGGACCCGACCGGCGGCAAGAACGCGUCCACCCUGGGCCGCCUCAACGGCGCCGCCAACAAGGUGGAGCCCAUCGUGCAGUUCCACGUCGGCGACACGGUGACCUCCCUGCAGCGCGCGACGCUGCAGCCGGGCGGCAGCGAGUCGCUGCUGUACGGGACCAUCAUGGGCGGCGUGGGGGCGCUCUACCCCUUCGCGUCGAAGGAGGACAUGGACUUCUUCCUGCACCUCGAGAUGCACCUGCGCCAGGAGCACCCGCCCCUGUCCGGCCGCGACCACAUGGCCUUCCGCAGCGCCUACUUCCCGGUGCGCCACUGCGUCGACGGAGACCUCUGCGGCCAGUUCCCCUCCAUGCCCGCGGCCAAGCAGAAGGCGGUGGCGGACGAGCUGGAGCGGACGCCCGGGGAGGUGCUCAAGAAGCUCGAGGACAUGCGCAACAAGAUACUGUGA